CAUUUCUCCGGAGGGAAGAGGUGGGGAGUCUCCGGUGACUUGGGAUACUUUUAAAAGUAAAAUAUCUGUUUUUCAGAAACAAAGUAAGAUUGUUUCUGGACCCCUUUGAAUGGAAACUAAAGGGCUUCCUUCCUGCAUUCUCUCAUGUUAUUGAUUCUCUAAAACUGGAAAAUAAUGCAGCGGGUGAAACGGGUGGAGUAUGAAGAAGAAGGGGAGUAUGUUGUGGAGACUUCGAAGGUGAUGUCGUACGAAACACAGGUUACCGAGUCUGGUGACUUGCCUGCACGGAAGGUCAAGAAGAAAGUAAAGGUUGACACUUCCAAGUUCAUGACCCCAUACCUGGCUCACAGCCAGAAGAUGCAGGAGCUGUUUAGCCAUAACAAGUACAGAGAAAGUUAUGACUUGAACAAAGGCCAGCCGUACUUUAUCACAUCGGACGUUCCUGAGAUAAUCAGGAUCAAAAAAGCCCAGGAUCAGCUCAGUGAGGUCAAAUAUCGUAUGGAGGGAGUAAAGUCCCAAACCAUGUGUAACUACGAUGGUGAGGCCAGGGAGAUAACCCACGUAAGGAAUGUUUCUGAGCUGGUCAGCAAAGUUCUGUACAGACAGAAGUGGGAUGAAACUAAGGAUAAGUACUUGCUGCCCCCCGACGCCCCAGACCUUGUACUAGCCGUGAAGAAUGCCGCAAACUUUAGCAAGAAACUGUACACGGAGUCCUGGGAUGAGGAAAAGACAAUGUACUACCCUUACAGUGACAGUCCAGAGCUUCGCAGAGUGGCCAAAGCACAGGAGAUCCUGAGUGAUAUCAAGUAUAAGAAGGGGCAUGAUGAGCGCAAAAGAAAGUAUACCUCACUGGCAGACCCCCCGGACGUAGAGCUGGCCAAGAAAGUCUUCACUCAACUAAGUGAUCUCAAGUAUCGCGAGGAUUACAACAAGAAUGUUAAGGGCCAGUGGUGUGAGACGCCAUACUUUGAUGUAGCUAUCGGAAGAAUGGUUAUGGACAACAUCAGCGCAAAAAAGUACACGGCCGACUAUGAAGAAAUCAAAGACCAAAUUUACUUCAUGCAAACAGAGACCCCAGAAUAUGAAUCGCACAAAAAAUCUGGAAGUGCUGCUAGCGGAGUUAAGUACAAGAAGGACUAUGAGAAGACCAAAGCAGUGGCCGAUUACAAUGUUCUCCCAGCAACUGAAAACCCCCUGCUGAGACAAAUGAGAUAUGCUGGCAAUAUUCUGAGUGAUGUAGUCUACAAGGAGAGCUACGAGAAAUCGAGGGGGUCAAGUAUCAAUUAUUGUGACACCCCCAAGUACAAAAUGGACAACGUGCUAAAGAAGUUUUCUGAUCUACACUAUAAAGAAGUUUAUGAGAGUCAGGUGAAGGGACAUUACAUGGGCAGCUACGAGGACAUCGGCACGCUUCGCUGCCAGAAGAUAGAGGAGAUGAAAAGUGAUAAAAAUUAUAAAGCAGAUUAUGAAGACAUGAAGACAAGAUGCUACUUUCCCCAGACAAUAACUCCUGGAUAUGAAGCAAUAAAGAAAUUAAAAGAUUGUAGUGAUAAAAAAUACAAACGUCACCCAGACACUGUGAAGUUCACCCAAGUGACAGAUUCGCCUGUUCUGGUGCAGGCAGCUAUCAACGCCAAGCAACUAAGUGAUCUGAAUUACAAAGAAAGCUAUGAAAAGGAGAAGUUCAAAUGUAAUUUACCCGUUGAGUACCCUGCCUUCCUGCAGUCCAGAGUCAAUGCUUACAACCUCAGCGAUACUUGCUACAAGCAUAACUGGGAGAAAGAAAAGGCCAAACAUUUCAGGAUUAAAGAAGAUGCCAUCUCCGUACUUGCAGCCCGUGCUCACGCUAACAUAGCCAGUGAUGUGAAAUACAAGAAGGAGUAUGAGAAGCAGAGAGGACAUAUGAUCGGGGCGCUCAGUAUUCGAGACGACCCAAAGAUUUUGCAUUCUGUUCAUGUAGCUAAAAUUCAGAGUGAUCGUGAAUACAAGAAGCAUUAUGAGAAAUCGAAGACCAAAUAUCACGCACCACUGGACAUGAUGCUGGUCACUCUGGCAAAGAAGUCACAAGCCAUUGCCAGUAAUAAGGGCUACAAGAACCUCAUUCACCGCUACUUCUUGCCCUAUGACAGCAUCUCCCUGGAGCUGGCUAAGAAAGCUAACAUGCUGCAGAGUGAGAACGAGUAUCGAGAUGACUAUAAAGCCAAUGUGAAGGGAUGUCCGUGGGUCCCUUUUGGCUCAAUAGAUGUGGAGAAAGCUAAGAAGGCAGCCCAGAUCCUCAGCGAGAAAAAAUACAGGCAGCACCCAGACACCCUCCGCUUCACGGCCGUCCCAGACCACCCGGUCAUGAUGCAGGCCUUAGUAAACCAGAUUCAGAGGAGUGAUCUGCACUACAAGAAAGGCCUGGAUGGUAUUCUUCAGAAAUACUCCCUGCCCCCUGAUGCACCCGGGUUUCUCCAGGCCAAAUGUAAUGCCUACAACCUGAGCGAGAAAUACUACAAACUCGACUGGCAGAAAACCAUCGCAAAAGGACACGGCUUGAAGAAUGACGCCAUUUCCGUCAUCGCCGCAAAGAAAGGCCGGCAUGCCGUCAGUGACUACCAAUACAAAAAAGAGUUUAUGAAGGCUAGAGGUCAUCAUGUGGGCUUCCGCAGUCUUCAGGACGAUCCCUUACUGGUCCAUUACAUGCACGUGGCUAAGAUACAAAGUAAUAGAGAGUACACAAAAGACUACCACAAGAUCAAACUGAAGUACCAGUCUCCUGUAGACAUGCUGGCAGUUACACAAGCCAAGCAUGCUUCUUCUGUAAACACCAACAUCGGCUAUAAACGGCUCAUUCAUCGUUACUUCCUCCUACCCGACGCCCUGAACUUCGAUUUAGCUCGGAAUAUGAGCAACAUUGCAAGCGACCAUAACUACAAAUUGGACUACGAGAGCUACGUGAAGGGAACUGGCUGGAUCCCUAUAGGUUCUCUUGACGUGGAGAAAGCUAAAAAGGCCGCAGCAGCUCUGAAUGAAAAGAAAUACAGACAGCACCCUGACACCAUCAAGUUCACCUCUGUUAUGGACACCCCUGUAUUUGUGCAAGCCAAACUCAGUGGACAGCAACUAAGUGACAGACAGUACAAAGCCAGCGGAGAGAAGUUUGUACACACCUACCACCUUCCCGCAGAUGCUCCGCAGUUCUUGCAGGCCAAGUAUAACGCAGCCAACAUCAGCCCAAGUUAUUACAAGUAUAGCCAUAAAAAGGAUCUCCUGAAGGGUCACCAUUUGAAGGGAGAUUCCGUUCAAGUUGUUGCUGCUAAGUCUUCCAGAGAUAUUGCCAGCGAUUAUAAAUACAAGCUAGCCUACAUGAAAUCCCGAGGACAUCAUGUGGGCUUCCGCAGCAUCAAGGACGACCCCCUGCUAGUGCAUUACAUGGGAGUGGCCAAAAUGCAGAGCGACAGAAAUUAUAAGAAGGAGUACCACAAGGCCAAGCUGAAGUAUCACGCGCCGGUGGACAUGAUCAGUGUCGUGCAGGCCAAGCACGCCUCUGCCGUGAGCACGCACAUCGGCUAUAAGAAACUCGUCCACAACUACAUCCUCCUGCCUGAUGCUAUGAACCUGCAACUGAGCCGCAACAUGAUGGAGAUACAGAGCGAUAAUGCCUACAAGUACGAUUACAACAACAUCUACAAGGGUGCGGGCUGGGUGCCCAUUGGGUCCUUGGAUGUGGAGAAAGCCAAGGCAGCUCGCCGGGCCCUCGAUGAAAAGUCUUACCGCCAGCAUCCCAGCACCUUCAAGUUCACCAGUCUCGCGGACUCAAUGAAUAUGUCCUUGGCCAUGAGCAACACCAAGAUGUUUAAUGACGAGGCUUAUAAGUCUUCUGGUGAGAAGGUGAAGCACACGUACCACCUCCCUGCCGACAGCCCACAGUUCCUUCAAGCCAAGUUUAAUGCCAUAAGUCUAAGUGAGGUUCACUAUAAACACCAGUGGAAGAAGGACAUUAAGAAGGGAUAUGAUAUGAAACCAGAUGCUGUCCCCAUUGUUGCGGCUAAACACGGGAGACACAUUGCUAGCAACUAUCAAUAUAAGAAGGAAUACGAGAAGGCCAGGGGUCAUCAUGUGGGCUUCCGCAGCAUCAAGGACGACCCCUUGCUAGUGCACUACAUGGAGGUGGCCAGGAUUCAGAGCGACAGAAACUAUAAGAAGGAGUACCACAAGGCUAAGCUGAAGUACCACGCGCCGGUUGACAUGCUCAGUGUCGUGCAGGCCAAGCACGCCUCUGCCGUGAGCACGCACAUCGGCUAUAAGAAACUUAUCCACAACUACAUCCUCCUUCCUGACGCCCUGCCUCUGGAGCUAGCUCGUACUAGGAAUGUUACUUCCAGUGACUAUGAAUAUAAGAGUGACUACAACAGUUAUGUGAAGGGAAUAGGGUGGGUGCCCAUCGGCUCAUUAGCAGUGGAAACCGCCAAGCUUGGCAGUCGGCUGCAGAGUGAUAAGAAGUACAGAACCCAUCCAUCCACGUUCCAGUACAAAAAGCUGAUGGAUUCAAUGGAUUUGGCUCUCGCUACUGCCAGCAACCAGAUCAUGAACAAGAAAGCAUACACAGAAGCGUGGAAUAAAGAUAAGACCAAGAUCCACAUCAUGCCUGACAGUCCUGAAAUAAUUCUGGCAAAGGCAAAUGCCAUCAACACAAGUGAGAAAGCCUAUAAAGCAGCUUGGAAGGAAGUAAUAAAUAAAGGUCACAACCUCAAGCAAGACGCCAUAGCAGUUCAGGCUGCCAAGGCCUCCACACAUAUCGCCAGUAACUAUAAGUAUAAACUGGCCUAUGAGAAAGCAAGAGGACAUCACGUGGGCUUCCGCAGUAUCAAGGACGACCCCUUGCUAGUGCAUUACAUGGAGGUGGCCAAAAUGCAGAGUGACAGAAAUUAUAAGAAGGAGUACCACAAGGCCAAGCUGAAGUACCACGCACCGGUGGACAUGAUCAGUGUCGUGCAGGCUAAACUGGCCUCAAAAAUAGUCACCAAUGCCGGCUACAAGCAGCCUCAUCACCGCUACAUCCUCCUGCCCGAUGCAAUGAACAUGCAGCUGACCCGGAACAUGCAAAUGAUUUCCAGCGAUAAUGUCUACAAGAGUGAUUAUAAUAGUUAUAUGAAAGGCAUAGGAUGGAUACCUAUUGGCUCGUUGGAUGUACAGAAAGCCAAGACAGCAAGCCAGAUUCAAAGUGAGAAACUGUAUCGUCAACAUCCCAGCAUCUUUAAGUUUUCCAGAGACACCCAAGCCAUGGACAUAGCGCUGGCGAGAUCAAAUGCUCAGGUCAUGAACAAGAGAGCUUACAUUGAUGCUUGGGAAAAAGAGAAAACUAAGAUCCACAUGAUGCCAGACACCAUGGAGAUAACACUGGCACGACAGAAUAAAGUUACUUACAGCAAGAAACAGUAUUCACUUGCCAAUGAAGAGGCCAAGAAGAAGGGUUAUGACAUGCGACAUGACGCCAUUCCUAUCAAAGCAGCGAAGGCCUCCAGGGACAUUGCCAGUGAUUAUAAGUAUAAGGCUGGAUACCGGAAGCAAGUUGGCCACCAUAUCGGAGCCCGCAGCAUUCAGGACGACCCCUUGCUCAUGUUGGCUCUGAAUUCAGCCAAGAUCGCCAGCGAUGCGCUGUACAAGAAACACUUCAAUGAGUCCAAGACCAAAUUCCACCUUCCUGCUGAUAUGCUGAUCAUUGAGUUGGCAAAGAAGAACCAGAUUCAAGUCAAUGAUGCCAAUUACAGGACAUACCUUCACAACUGGACCUGUUUACCCGACCAGAGUGAUGUUGUACAUGCAAGGCACGUCUAUGACAUACAAAGUGAUGCUGUGUACAAGUCUGACCUGGGAUGGCUUAAGGGUAUGGGAUGGGUUCCCAUUGGUUCACUUGACGUCCUGAAGGCAAAGAAUGCUGCUGCAGCCCUGAGUGAAAAAUCAUAUCGCCAACAUCCAAGCAAAUUCAAAUUCACAAGCACAACCCAGAAUAUGGCAAUGGUUUUGGCUAAAGCCAAUGCAGACAUUGGGAACCAGAAAAAGUACACUGAAGCGUGGGAUAAAGACAAGACAAAAGUUCACAUGAUGCCAGACACCUUGGAGGUGACUCUGGCACGACAGAACAAAGUGAACUACAGUGUGAAACAAUACAAACUGGCCAAUGAAGAGGCCAAGAAGAAGGGUUAUGACAUGCGACAUGACGCCAUUCCUAUCAAAGCAGCGAAGGCCUCCAGGGACAUUGCCAGUGAUUAUAAAUAUAAGGCUGGUUACCGGAAGCAAGUUGGCCACCAUAUCGGAGCCCGCAGCAUUCAGGACGACCCCUUGCUCAUGUUGGCUCUGAAUUCAGCCAAGAUCGCCAGCGAUGCGCUGUACAAGAAACACUUCAAUGAGUCCAAGACCAAAUUCCACCUUCCUGCUGAUAUGCUGAUCAUUGAGUUGGCAAAGAAGAACCAGAUUCAAGUCAAUGAUGCCAAUUAUAGGACAUACCUUCACAACUGGACCUGUUUACCCGACCAGAGUGAUGUUGUACAUGCAAGGCACGUCUAUGACCUGCGGAGCGAUGCUGUGUACAAGUCUGAUCUGGGAUGGCUUAAGGGUAUGGGAUGGGUUCCCAUUGGUUCACUUGACGUCCUGAAGGCAAAGAAUGCUGCUGCAGCCCUGAGUGAAAAAUCAUAUCGCCAACAUCCAAGCAAAUUCAAAUUCACAAGCACAACCCAGGAUAUGCCAAUGGUUCUGGCUAAAGCCAAUGCAGACAUUGCGAACAAGAAAAAGUACACUGAAGUGUGGGAUAAAGACAAGACCAAAGUUCACAUGAUGCCAGACACCUUGGAGGUGACUCUGGGACGACAGAACAAAGUGAACUACAGUGUGAAACAAUACAAACUGGCCAAUGAAGAGGCCAAGAAGAAGGGUUAUGACAUGCGACAUGACGCCAUUCCUAUCAAAGCAGCGAAGGCCUCCAGGGACAUUGCCAGUGAUUAUAAGUAUAAGGCUGGAUACCGGAAGCAAGUUGGUCACCACAUCGGAGCCCGCAGCGUUCAGGACGACCCCUUGCUCAUGCUGGCUCUGAAUUCAGCCAAGAUCGCCAGCGAUGCGCUGUACAAGAAACACUUCAAUGAGUCCAAGACCAAAUUCCACCUUCCUGCUGAUAUGCUGAUCAUUGAGUUGGCCAAGAAGAACCAGAUUCAAGUCAAUGAUGCCAAUUAUAGGACAUACCUUCACAACUGGACCUGUUUACCCGACCAGAAUGACGUUGUACAUGCAAGGCACGUCUAUGACCUACGGAGUGAUGCUGUGUACAAGUCUGACCUGGGAUGGCUUAAGGGUAUGGGAUGGGUUCCCAUUGGUUCACUUGACGUCCUGAAGGCAAAGAAUGCUGCUGCAGCCCUGAGUGAAAAAUCAUAUCGCCAACAUCCAAGCAAAUUCAAAUUCACAAGCACAACCCAGGAUAUGCCAAUGGUUUUGGCUAAAGCCAAUGCAGACAUUGGGAACCAGAAAAAGUACACUGAAGCGUGGGAUAAAGACAAGACAAAAGUUCACAUGAUGCCAGACACCUUGGAGGUGACUCUGGCACGACAGAACAAAGUGAACUACAGUGUGAAACAAUACAAACUGGCCAAUGAAGAGGCCAAGAAGAAGGGUUAUGACAUGCGACAUGACGCCAUUCCUAUCAAAGCAGCGAAGGCCUCCAGGGACAUUGCCAGUGAUUAUAAGUAUAAGGCUGGAUAUCGGAAGCAAGUUGGCCACCAUAUCGGAGCCCGCAGCGUUCAGGAUGACCCCUUGCUCAUGUUGGCUCUGAAUUCAGCCAAGAUCGCCAGCGAUGCGCUGUACAAGAAACACUUCAAUGAGUCCAAGACCAAAUUCCACCUUCCUGCUGAUAUGCUGAUCAUUGAGUUGGCAAAGAAGAACCAGAUUCAAGUCAAUGAUGCCAAUUACAGGACAUACCUUCACAACUGGACCUGCUUACCAGAUUCCAAUGAUGUUGUUCAAGCCAAGAAAGUGUAUGACCUACUGAGCGAUGCUGUGUACAAGUCUGACCUGGGAUGGCUUAAGGGUCUGGGAUGGGUUCCCAUUGGUUCACUUGACGUCCUGAAGGCAAAGAAUGCUGCUGCAGCCCUGAGUGAAAAAUCGUAUCGCCAACAUCCAAGCAAAUUCAAAUUCAAAAGCACAACCCAGGAUAUGCCAAUGGUUCUGGCUAAAGCCAAUGCAGACAUUGGAAACCAGAAAAAGUACACUGAAGCGUGGGAUAAAGACAAGACAAAAGUUCACAUGAUGCCAGACACCUUGGAGGUGACUCUGGGACGACAGAACAAAGUGAAUUACAGUGUGAAACAAUACAAACUGGCCAAUGAAGAGGCCAAGAAGAAGGGUUAUGACAUGCGACAUGACGCCAUUCCUAUCAAAGCAGCGAAGGCCUCCAGGGACAUUGCAAGCGAUUAUAAGUAUAAGGCUGGAUAUCGGAAGCAAGUUGGCCACCACAUCGGAGCCCGCAGCAUUCAGGACGACCCCUUGAUCAUGCUGGCUCUGAAUUCAGCCAAGAUCGCCAGCGAUGCGCUGUACAAGAAACACUUCAAUGAGUCCAAGACCAAAUUCCACCUUCCAGCGGAUAUGCUGAUCAUUGAGAUGGCCAAGAAAUGCCAGACCCAAGUCAAUGAUGCACACUAUAGAACUUACCUUCACAACUGGACCUGCUUACCAGAUUCCAACGAUGUCGUCCAAGCUCGCAAAGUCUACGAUCUACAAAGCGAUGCUGUGUACAAGGCUGACUUAAAAUGGCUUCAGGGUAUGGGAUGGAUUCCUUUUGGCUCUCUUGAUGUGGAAAAAGCUAAGAAUGCAGCUGCAGCUCUAAGUGAGCGGAAAUACCGUCAGCAUCCCAGUACCGUACCAUUCAAAAUCCCUACUGAUUCCAUGGAAAUAGUUCUGGCAAAGACCAAUGCAGCGACCAUCAACCAGCGCCUGUACACCCAAGCCUGGGAAAAGGAUAAGACCAACAUUCACAUUAUGCCUGAUACGCCUGAGAUUGUGCUGGCUAAACAGAACAAACUCAACAACAGCUAUAAAUACUAUAAGCAAGGCUACGAGGAGAGUAUCAGGAAAGGCUACCACCUUCCCAAGGAUGCUGUUUCUGUCAAGGCGGCCAGAGUCUCCAGGGACAUAGCCAGUGAUUACAAGUACCAUGAAGGAUACCGCAAGCAAGUUGGCCACCACAUAGGAGCCCGCAGCGUUCAGGAUGACCCCUUGCUCAUGCUGGCUUUAAAUUCAGCCAAGAUCGCCAGCGAUGCGCUGUACAAGAAACACUUCAAUGAGUCCAAGACCAAAUUUAACCUUCCAGCGGAUAUGCUGAUCAUUGAGUUGGCCAAGAAAUGCCAGAUCCAAGUCAAUGAUGCAAACUAUAGAACUUACCUUCACAACUGGACCUGCUUACCAGACUCCAAUGAUGUCGUCCAAGCUCGCAAAGUCUAUGACCUACAGAGUGACGCUGUGUAUAAAGCUGACAUGGAGUUUAUGAAAGGCGUUGGGUGGGUCCCCAUCGGCUCUCUGGAUGUGGUAAAGGCCAAAAAGGCUGCAGAAAUUCUGAGUGACCAUAAAUACCGGCAAAAACCAGCACAGUUUAAAUUCACUCAGGAUAUGCAGUCCAUGCCUUUGGUUCUGGCCAAGACAAAUGCUCAGACAAUUAACAAGCGCCUGUACAAUGACGCCUGGGAGAAAGACAAGUUGAAAGUCCACGUGCCCCCAGAUACACCUGAGAUUGUCCUCUCAAGGGCCAAUGCGGCAAACAUUAGCAAGAAACUCUACAAACAAGGGUUUGAAGCGGCUAUCAGAAAGGGUCAUGAUAUUAAACCAGAUGCUGUAUUCAUCAGGGCUGCCAAAGCUUCGAGAGACAUUGCUAGUGAUUAUAAAUACAAAACCAGCUAUCGCAAGCAAGUUGGCCACCACAUCGGAGCCCGCAGCAUUCACGACGACCCCUUGAUCAUGUUGGCUCUGAAUUCAGCCAAGAUCGCCAGCGAUGCGCUGUACAAGAAACACUUCAAUGAGUCCAAGACCAAAUUCAACCUUCCAGCGGAUAUGCUGAUCAUUGAGAUGGCCAAGAAAUGCCAGAUGCAAGUCAAUGAUGCCAAUUACAGGACAUACCUACACAACUGGACCUGCUUACCAGAUUCCAAUGAUGUCGUUCAAGCCAAGAAAGUGUAUGACCUACGAAGUGACGCUGUAUACAAGGCUGAUAUGGAAUGGAUCCGUGGCAUGGGAUGGGUUCCCAUUGGCUCACUGGAUGUGGUGAAGGCCAAAAAGGCCGCUGAGAUCCUGAGUGACUGGAAGUAUCGGCAGCACCCAAGCAAAUUCAAGUUCACAAGCAAAACGGACUCCAUGCCUAUAGCACUUGCUCAGGCUAAUGCAAGGACAAUGGACCAGAGAGCAUACACCGAGGCAUGGAACAAGGAUAAGGUCAAAGUUCACAUAAUGCCCGACACGCCAGAAAUCAUCCUCGCUCAGCAAAAUAAACUGAACACCAGCAUGAAACAUUAUAAACAAGAAUUUCAAGAUGCUCUUAUGAAAGGGUAUUAUCUGCCCAAGGAUGCAGUUUCUGUGCUCGCAGCCAAAACUUCCAGGGACAUCGUCAGUGAUUAUAAAUACAAGACUGGCUACCGAAAGCAAGUUGGUCACCACAUUGGAGCUCUCAGUAUCCGUGAUGACCCACUGAUCAUGUUAGCUCUGAAUGCAGCUAAGAUCUCCAGUGAUCUUGUGUAUAAAAAGGACUUUGAAAAAACAAAGACCAAAUUCAAUCUCCCUGCGGAUAUGUUAGCCAUUGAACUGGCCAAGAAAUGCCAGAUCCAAGUCAAUGAUGCCAACUAUAGAACAUAUCUUCACAACUGGACCUGCUUACCAGACUCCAAUGAUGUCGUCCAAGCCAAGAAAGUGUACGACCUACGAAGUGAUGCGGUGUACAAAUCAGACUUAGAGUGGCUUCGAGGAUGCGGGUGGAUCCCUCAAGGUUCCGUGGAAGUCAACAAAGUCAAGAAUGCACAGAACAUUCUUAAUGAUCGACUGUACCGCCAACACCCCAGCACCGUGAAGUUCACCAGUGCUGUCGACCUGCCUGCCAUUGUCCUGGCUAAACAGAAUGCCGACACAAUUAGCGACUGGAAAUACAAGGCAGCAUGGGAAAAAGAUAAAAGGUCUAUACAUAUGAUGCCAGACACACCUGCAGUUGAACUAUCCAAAGCUAAUGCUAUUAAUAUCAGCAACAAAUUAUACACAAAGGCUUGGGAUGAUGCAAAGGCCAAGAGCUUUCUCAUUAAAGAAGAUGCUGUCUCUGUUUUGAAAGCCAAAGCUUCAAGAGAUAUCGCAAGUGAUUACAAGUACCAUGAAGGGUACCGCAAGCAAGUUGGCCACCACAUCGGAGCCCGCAGCAUUCACGACGACCCCUUGAUCAUGCUGGCUCUGAAUUCAGCCAAGAUCGCCAGCGAUGCGCUGUACAAGAAACACUUCAAUGAGUCCAAGACCAAAUUUAACCUUCCAGCGGAUAUGCUAAUGAUUGAGAUGGCCAAGAAAUGCCAGACGCAAGUCAAUGAUGCAAACUAUAGAACUUACCUUCACAACUGGACCUGCUUACCAGAUUCCAACGAUGUCGUCCAAGCUCGCAAAGUCUACGACCUUCAGAGCGAUGCUAUUUAUAAAUCUGACUUGACAUGGCUAAAAGGCACCGGUUGGAUACCACAUGAAUCUGUUGAGGUCAUUAAAGUAAAAAAUGCCCAGAAGGUUCUGGCUGAUAGAGGCUAUCGUGUCAAACUGGAUGAACAGAAGUACACAAUUCCUAUUGAGAGAGUGGACUUUGUUCGUGCUAAAAAUGCAGCCGAUAUUAUGAACGACGCAAAAUAUCACGAAGCUUGGAACCGUGAUAAAAUAAAGUACACCAUGUUGGACACCCCAGUGCUAGCAACAGCUAGAGAAGCAGCCAAAAACAUCAAUUUGAAACUGUACUCCCAAAACUGGGAUAAGAUAAAAGCCACAAGUUACUUCAUGCCACCAGAUGCUGUGUCCAUCAAGCAAUGCAUUCAGACGUCACGUAUGAAGAGUGAUUACAAGUACCACGAAGGAUACCGCAAGCAAGUUGGCCACCACAUAGGAGCCCGCAGCGUUCAGGACGACCCCUUGAUCAUGCUGGCCAUGAAUUCAGCCAAGAUUGCCAGCGAUGCGCUGUACAAGAAACACUUCAAUGAGUCCAAGACCAAAUUUAACCUUCCACCGGAUAUGCUAAUGAUUGAGAUGGCCAAGAAAUGCCAGAUGCAAGUCAAUGAUGAUAAUUAUAGAACACGUCUACAUAAAUGGAUUUGCAUGCCAGACCAGAAUGAUGUCAUCCAAGCCAGGAAAGCUUAUGAUCUUCGCAGUGAUAUUGUUUACAAGGCAGACAUGGAAUGGAUUCGCGGAUGUGGCUGGGUUGCAAUGGACUCGGUGGAUCAUGUUAAAGUCAGGAAAGCUCAAGAAAUUCUAAAUGAUAGGCAUUACAAAAAGGGCGCAAAAGAAAACUUUGCAAAGUUCUCACAUAUCGUGGAUCGUCCUGAGAUCCUCUUAGCCAAAGUCAACGCCGCUAACCUCAGUGAUUUGAAAUACAAGGAGUCGUUUAACCUGGAGAAGGGCAAAUAUAUUGGAGCACCUGACACUCUCCAGCUAGCUCAAAGCAGAGAAGUCUCCAAGAACAUCAGCGAGAAACUGUAUAAAUCUACCUGGGAUGCCACCAAAGCCACAAGCUACCAUUUGGAUGACAAGUACUACCCACUGUUAGGAGCAAAACAUGGGAGGGUAAUUGCAAGUUCGGUUAAAUACAAGGAUGCUCAUGAGAAGGCCAAGGGCCACUACAUGGCUUCGCAUCUGGUGGAUUUCCCAGAGGUUAUCCGUAACGCCGCAGUGGAGAAGAUGAAGGGACUGAGAGAAUAUCAAAAGGCAUACCAAACUACCAAGACCAAGGUCCACAUCCCUUUCGACAUGAUCAGCCAUGUUGUGGCCAAGAAGUGUCAGGAGAUCCUGAGCAAUGUGCAGUACCGCAACUAUCUGCACCAGUGGACCUGCCACCCAGAGCAGAACGACGCCAUCCAGGCUCGCAAAGCCAAUGAAAUCCUGAGCGAUGUGAUCUAUAAAGAAGACCUUAACUGGAUGAAAGGAGUCGGCUGUAAUGUGUGGGAUACGCCUGAGAUUGUGCGUGCCAAGAAGUCUUAUGAGCUACAGAGUGAUAUGAAGUACAAGGCACAAGGAAAGAAGGAAUUUAGUAAUUACUCAAUUGUCACAGACACCCCAGUCUAUGUCACUGCUGUCCUUGGCCAUACCUGGGCGAGUGAUCUAAACUACAAAGAGGCAUACCAAAAAGAGAAGCAUUUAUAUACUACCAUCUUAGAUACCUUUGAUUACCAGAGAUGUUAUAAUCUGAAAGAAGUCUACAGUCAUAGACUAUACAAAGAAGCCUGGGACAAGAUCAAAGCAAAGAGUUACACAUUGCCUGCGGACUCCCAUGCAUUGGUCCAUGCCAAGCAGCAGAAGGUCAUUCUAAGUCCUGUAAAGUACCGUGAGGAUUACGAGAAAGUUAAGGCUGUCUAUACUUUGCCAAAAUCUCUGGAGGACGAUCCCCAGGCUGCAAGAUGUAUCCGCACUGGGAAGUUCAUCCUCGACCGUUUGUACAAGAACGAUUACGAAAAGACCAAAGCGAAGCUGCAUUUGCCCCCAGACAUGCUAGAGGUGGUGGCUGCUCGGCAGACCCAGAAUGCGGUCACUGAGAUUAAUUACCGCAAGUACCUGCACCAGUGGACCUGCUUGCCUGAUAUGCAGGCCAAUAUUCAUGCUCGCAAGGUCAACGAGCAACUGAGUGAUGUCGUUUACAAGGAUGAUCUGAACUGGAUGAAAGGAGCAGGCUGCUACGUUUGGGACACACCUGAAAUAAUGCGCUGUAAACAUGCGAACGUUCUGCAGAGUGAUAAAAAAUACAGAGAAAAGGGCGUGGCGCAUUUCAAGGACUAUACCGUCGUUUUAGAAACUCCCACUUAUGAAACCUGCAAGCAAAGUUCUGUCAACUUGAGUGAUCUUCACUACCGGAAUGAGUACAGUACAAAUAUUAAGGGUAAAAACACAGCCCCCGCUGUUACAGUGGACACAGAGAGAGUCAAGCUGGCCAAUGCCAUUCAGAGUGAGAAACACUACAAAGAAGAUAACAUGAAGUCCAUGGCCACUGGAUACUCUCUCCCAUAUGACACUCCACUCAACCUUCAAGCAAAGAACAACAAGCUUAUUACCAGCAAUGUGAAGUACCGGGAGGCAUAUGACCUCAUGAAGGCAAAAAGCUACAAACUCGACCCCAACGGAGUCAACUUUGUCAAUAUUAAGAAAGCAAACGAAGUUACCAACCAGCGUUUGUACCGUGAGAAGUAUGAAAAGGAGAAGGAUAAGAUCCAUUCCAUCUAUGACACCCCAGAGAUAAAACAGGUCAAGGCUACUCAAGAAGCCAUCAGCGACAUUAGCUACAAAGAGAAGUACUACAGCUCCCGAGGCCACCUGAUCUCCAUGCCAAUCACUCCGGAACUGAUGCACUGCCACCAUGUCAAUCAAAUCACCAGUGAUCUGAAAUACAAAGAGGACUUGCACUGGCUGAAGGGCCUGGGCUGUUUCCUGUACGACACGCCUGAGAUGGUUCACAUCCGGAACAUCACCAAAUUCCGUACCAACUACCCACUUGACGCGAAGAAGCUGCACAGCCAUUUCACUGUCGUCCUCGACACUCCAGAGUACAAACGUGUGACUGAGCUGAAGACUCACAUGAGUGAUCUGGUUUACAAAGCCCAAGGUAAUGAAGUGAAAACCAAGUGUACCAGCACGGCGGACAGCAUAGAUAUACAGAGAGUCAAGUGGGCCCAGCAGCUAAGCAACAAGUAUAAGUACACAGAACUGGCCUCCAAAGAAAGGGCUCACUUUACUCCUGAGAUCAACACUCCAGCUCUGCAACACGCCCGGCAUAUGAAGACAGUGGUCAGCGAGAAAAAAUACAAGAGUCAGUAUGAGCAGCUGAAGCACAGGUACACGGCCAUCGCUGACACUCCCUUAGUUAUCCGUGCAAAGAAAGCCUACCUCAAUGCCAGUGAUCUUCGCUACAAGGAAACCUUUGAGAUGCAGAAGGGUCACUACCGCACAGUAAAGGAUGCCAUAGACAUCAUUUACCAUCGGAGGGUGACUGAUGACAUCAGUGAGGUGAAAUACAGAGAGAAGUACAUCAACUCUCUAGGCCUCUGGAGAUCCACCCCCGACCGUCCUGAACUGUUCCAUCACAGAGUCGUCCGUGACUCUAUUAGUGAUAUCAAGUACAAGGAGGACCUGACCUGGCUAAAGGGUAUUGGGUGCUAUGUGUGGGACACACCAGACCUGCUACAGGCCGAGAGGAACAAGGCUCUUUAUAGUGAGAGACUUUACAAAGCGUCAUUUGAGAAGAACCGAGCCAACUUCAGCUAUACUGCUGAUACUCCGUUCUUCAGAAGUGCCAAAUCGGCAUCUUUGCUCAUCAAUGACAUCAGGUAUAAAUCCAAGGCUAAGGAACUUCACAAGGGUGGCUGCAAUGAGCUGCGCCGACCAGACAUCCUGGGUGCCCUUUAUAACUCCUUUAUGUGGAGUAAGUGGAAGUACAAGGAGAAGUAUGAGCGUGAAAAGGACAAGUUCACCCCCGUCUUGGACACGCCUGAACGUGAAGUGCACAAGCGCAGCAAGCUGAUCAGUGACAUUAUCUAUAAGAUGCAAUACAACAAGACCAAAGCCAAGGCUUAUACUCUGGGCCACGACACUCCACUCCAGCAGCACAUGAAGAGGGUCAAUGAAAUUUCAAGCAUGCUGAAGUACAAAGAGGCGUACGAGAGGGAGAAGAGCCACAUCACCAUGUCUCCUGAUGCGUAUGACAUCAGAGCGGCCAAGGAAGCGUAUCAGAACAUCAGCAACCUGGACUACAAAAAGAAGUAUGAAGCCAAUAAAGCGAAAUGGAUAUGGACCGUGGAUAGACCUGAUUUUGUACAUGCAUUCAAGACUGGGGUUCAGCAGAGCGAUGUUGAGUACAAGUAUGACAAGGAGAUGCUGAAGGGCUGCAAAAUAUCCGUCACGGAUGACAAGUACAUCACCCUGGCCAAGCAAUCCACAGAAAUGGCCAGCGACGUGAAAUAUAAGGAGAAGUAUGAGAAAUCCAAGGGUAUCUACCAGGCUGUUCCAGACACUCCUCAAAUUAUCCAUGCAAAAUCAGUCGGCUCUCUGGUAUCUGAAACAAAAUAUAAGGAGGCCAGUAAGAAGCAGAUGCAGACUGGUUCCUUCACCACUCUGCCUGAGACCCGCGAAACCACACACAGCAAAGAGGUGGCCAAGCUUGUGAGUGGGAAACUGUAUAAACAGCAGUUUGAGAAAGAGAAGGGUAAGGCAAAGUACAACACCAUGACAGCCCCCAGUGUGAAGCAUGCUAUGGAGGUGGCCAAGAACCAGAGCAAUUUUGCUUACAAGCAAGAAGCUAAAGCCAAGUUGCAUUACACGCCAGUACCUGACCGGCCCGACAUCAAGAAGGCCACAGAGGCAGCCAAGCUGAUAAGCGACAUCGGAUACCGUAAGAAGGUGACCGCUGGAGUAGCGAUGGCCAGCCGCCCGGAUAUCGCUCUGGCCACAGAGGUGGCCAAAUUGACCAGCCAGGUGGAGGAGGGGCCUUCGGCCCAUGGAACCGCCUCCCUUAAUACCCCGCAGAUGCGUCACAUUAAGAAAAUGAGUGUCCUGACUAGUGAUUUGAAGUACAAAGAGAAGUUUGACAAAGAAGUGAGGGGGGUGAAACCACAGUAUGACUUGAAGAGCAGUAAGAUUUACCAGACUAUGAAGGAUGCCAAUACUCUUGCAAGUGAGGUGAAAUACAAGGGUGACCUGAAGAAGAUGCAUAAACCUGUGACGGACAUGGCCGAGUCUCUAUCCAUGCAGCACGGUCUGACCACCAGCAAGCUCUCCAGCGAUUAUCAGUACAGGAGGAAAUUUGAGGAGAGUAAAGGUCACUACCACAUGAUUCCAGACACACCUGAACAGAUCCAUCACAAGGAGACCACAGAACUUCAAAGCCAAGUGAAAUACAAGGAAAAGUAUAACAAGGAGAAAGGCAAGGCCAUGCUUGACUUCGAGACGCCCACAUAUGUUACAGCCAAAGAGUCACAGCACAUGCAGAGCCAGAAAAAUUAUAAGAAGGACUUUGAGGAGUCCAUUAAAGGCAGGAACCUCUCAGGCUUGGAGGUCACCCCCGCCAUGUUAUAUGUCAGACACGCCACCAAAAUAGCCAGUGAGAAAGUGUACAGGAGAGAUCUAGAGGAAGGGGUGAAAGGUAAAGGGAUAACUUUGCUGGAGGAAACUCCCGAACUAUUGAGAGCAAAGAAUGCUACUCACAUUCUGAAUGAGAGAGAGUACAAGAAGGCAUUGGAGCAAGAGAUAAAAGGCAAGGGAAUGUUAGCAUUAGCCACAGAUACACCAGAUUUCAUGAGAGCAAAGAACGCUACUGACAUCCUCAGUCAGAGCAAGUAUAAGCAGAUAGCUGAGCAGGAUCGCUCUAGCUACACCACGGUGAUCGAUACCCCCGACAUCAUUCACGCUCAGCAGAUCAGGAACAUUGUCAGCCAGAAAAAGUACAAGGAAGAGGCAGAAAGAAUAAUGUCCCAUUAUGUACCGGUUCUGGACACGCCAGAGAUGCAGAGGGUACGCGAGAACCAGAGGAACUUCAGCACUGUAUUGUAUAAGGACAGUUCGUCAAAGGGAACACCAGUCAUAUAUACUCCAGAGAUGGAAAGGGUGAAGCGCAGCCAGGAAAACAUUAGCUCGGUGCUGUAUUCUGACAGCUUCCGCAAGCAGGUGCAGGGUAGAGCUGCAUUUGUCUUAGACACCCCUGAGAUGAGACGUGUCAAGGAGACCCAGAGGAUCAUUUCUGGUGUACGGUACCACCAGGACUUUGAGAAGCAGAAGGGUAGCUUCACAUCUGUGGUGACCGACCCCGUCACCGAGCGUGUGAAGAAGAACAUGCAGGACUUCAGUGAUAUCAACUACCGUGGCAUCCAGAGGCGUGUGGUGGAGAUGGAGAGGAGAAGAACUAUUGAGCAUGACCAGGAGACCAUCACAGACUUGCGUGUGUGGCGCACAAACCCAGGCUCGGUCUUUGAUUACGACCCAGCAGAGGACAACAUACAGUCCAGAAGCCUGCACAUGAUGUCUGUCCAAGUUCAGCGCCGAAGCAAAGAGCACUCCCGUUCAACCAGUGCCAUGAGUGCCGGCGAUGAGAAAUCGGAAGUCUCGGAGAACGUGGAGCACCACAUGUCCCUCUACAGCAAUGGCUUCCCCACCUCCUCAACAGGGUAUCAACAAGCCAAGACAGUUGAGCUCCAACAAAGAUCUUCCUCUGUGGCCACCCAGCAAACCACAGUGUCCUCUGUUCCCUCCCACCCAUCUACAACUGGGAAAACGGUGCGUGCCUUGUAUGACUACACCGCUGCCGACAACGACGAGGUGUCCUUCAAAGACGGGGAUGUCAUCGUGAACGUUCAAUCCAUCGACGAAGGCUGGAUGUACGGCACUGUACAGCGCACUGGGAAGACUGGGAUGCUGCCAGCAAACUACGUGGAGGCAAUCUGAGGACUCAGCAGUCAGCACAAAAUGUCCAUAUGGUGUGGGGCACAUGCAUGGGUUAAAAAAAAAAAAAGCUUCUAGGUUAGUAGUAUUCAUAGAGUAGAUGCUUUACGUUGUACUUCAGUCUACCAAGUGCAGUUUUACGAGUGUACUGUGCCUACCCACCCUGGAUAUUUCCAGUGCUACACUGACAAAAUGAGCAAUCAGAUGAAUCGCAUAUGAGAAUGUCUUUUCCAUUCAAUGCAUACUAUUAAAGAGCCACUUUUUAUAUUUUAAACGUAUCAGUAAUGUGAAGUAUCAAAAAAUGAGAACCUAAUGGUCUUAAAAUUCUGUGCAAAGUGUAUUACCCUCCAAUAUACAACCUAGUUUAAUAAUUUUCCUUUCAACAAAAAAGUAGAGGGGAAAAAAAAAGUAUAAAAUCCAACGUGACUUCUGAUUAAUUAAUUCAUGGAAACUUCUCUGAAACAAAGUACUUUUAAAGAUUAAAACAAAGGCCUCUUCCCUCGUCUGGUAAAGGCUGGCCACUGGUGCAUGUGACUUCUUUCCCGAUUACUCAGGUCUGAAGGGUAAAAUAAAACAAACCUGUGUAAGUAGAUAAUAAACUACACGACUUCAUGCAA